AUAUAGUGAAUGCAGGGUCCGGGGAGACCGGAUAUAGUGAAUGCGGGGUCCUGGGAGACCAGAUAUAGUGAAUGCAGGGGUCCGGGGAGACCAGAUAUAGUGAAUGCAGGGUCCGGGGAGACCAGAUAUAGUGAAUGCAGGGUCCGGGGAGACCAGAUAUAGUGAAUGCAGGGUCCUGGGAGACCAGAUAUAGUGAAUGCAGGGUCCUGGGAGACCAGAUAUAGUGAAUGCAGGGUCCUGGGAAACCAGAUAUAGUGAAUGCAGGGUCUGGGGAGACCAGAUAUAGUGAAUGCAGGGUCUGGGGAGAGCAGAUAUAGUGAAUGCAGGGUCCGGGGAGA